UAGUAGGUGUGUGUUUGUAAGUGUAUAUAGUGUCUAUGGCAAAAUCAUCAUGUAGUGAAGAUGAAUAAUGUUAAGAAGCGUAGCCCUACUCAGUGUAGCUAUGUCUUCACUAGUCGAGGAAAUGGAGUCCAAGACUAGCUUGGACGCCGAAUGGAAGCGAAUACAAGAGAAGACCUUCACGCGUUGGUGCAACGAGCAGCUCAAGUACAGGGAGAUAGUAUUGUCGGAUCUAGCCGAAGGCCUCUCCAAUGGAGUCAAUCUCAUACACUUGCUAGAGCUUCUCUCCACUAAGCCGCUGGGCAGAUACAACAAGAAGCCUCGAGUCCAUGCACAGAGGAUGGAGAAUGUCGAUAUGGCUCUCAACUUCAUCACAAAAAUAGAGAAAAUCAGGCUUGUCAACAUAGGGAGUGGAGACAUAGUUGGAGGCAACAAAAAGCUCAUACUGGGUCUAAUUUGGACCCUUAUACUUCACUAUCAGAUUAACCUUGGCCUUGGGCUGAAUGACAAAUCAAAGAAUCAGAAAAUGUCGGCAAAGAAGGCACUCCUUGGAUACAUAAAUUCAAAAAUACCGGAGAAAAAUAUCAAAGAUUUCACUUCAGACUGGAAUGACGGCACAGCAGUAGCUGCUCUGGUGGACGGGAUUGCUCCCGGACUGUGUCCAGAGGCCGAGACAAUGGAUCCAAAAGACGCUCUAGCAAAUGCACAGCAUGCAAUGAAGCUAGCUGAAGACUGGCUGAGUGUUCCAAUGGUAUUGGGCCCG